CACUGACGGACCCCAGAGAGAGGAAGGACGCACAACCUGUUGACGAGGAAACAAGUGUGAGCUCGACUUGGUGGCAGGACCACCGACCUAUCUGCAGCUCCACACAGAGGAGGCCCUGCAGGGGGACCCAACCCGACCCGCCAUCUGCCCAACGGAGGCCUCACAGCGACACAUUUCUCCCCCAAAGGAGGAACUUUUUCUGUGUAUUCCAGGACAUUUCAUCCUAAAAGCUCCGGAGAAGAGGAAUUAAAGUUCUUACAUUUCCUUGUCAUCAUUCUAAGAGACAUUUUUGAUACAACAAUUAGAAAAAUGAUGGAGGAUCACCUGUCCAAGAUCCCCAUGAUGUCGUCCCAGUCCCCCGCUGAGUCCACGAUGAGCGGAAACACAGACGACAGCAGAGGAGCCAAGAGUCCGGCCCCGGGGAAAGCUCUGAGCCCGGCGCUGGUCUGCAAAGUGUGCGGAGACACCAGCAGCGGGAAACACUACGGCAUCUACGCCUGCAACGGCUGCAGCGGCUUCUUCAAACGCAGCGUGAGGAGGAGGCUCAUCUACAGGUGUCAGGCAGGUACAGGAAUGUGUCCAGUGGACAAAGCUCACCGUAACCAGUGCCAGGCGUGUCGGCUGAAGAAGUGUCUGCAGGCCGGCAUGAACAAAGACGCCGUGCAGAACGAGCGUCAGCCCCGCAGCACAGCUCAGGUCCGUCUGGACUCCAUCGACAUGGACCCAGAGAAGGAGCACCUGGCCACCACACGGGAACCCACCUCCUCCUCUUCCUCGUCUUCCUCCACCUCCUCCUCUUCCUCCUCCAGCAGCUCUGUCAUCACGUGGCCCCACAUCAGCUCCUCCAUGUCCAUCACCUCCUCUGUGGCCCCCCAGCGCUGCGUCAGCCCCCAGAACAACCACCGCUUCAUGGCCAGCCUCAUGACGGCCGAGACCUGCGCCAAGCUGGAGCCUGAAGACGUCGACGAGAACGUUGACGUGACGAGCAACGAGCCGGAGCGAGCCUCCUCGGAGUACCACAUGGCUCUGUACCCGUCCAGCUCCGAAAAUGUGUACGAGACCUCGGCCAGGCUGCUCUUCAUGUCGGUGAAGUGGGCGAAGAACCUGCCCGUGUUUUCCAACCUGCCGUUCAGGGACCAGGUGAUCCUGCUGGAGGAGGCGUGGAGCGAGCUCUUCCUGCUCUGUGCCGUUCAGUGGUCUCUUCCUCUGGACAGCUGCCCCCUCCUCUCUCUGCCCGACCUCUGCCCCGGCAUGCAGGGCAAAACCAGCUACACCAGCCUGGACCUGCGCCUCUUGCAGGAGGUCUUCAGCCGCUUCAAGGCUCUCGCCGUCGACCCCACUGAGUUCGCCUGCCUCAAGGCCAUCGUGCUCUUCAAGCCAGAGACUCGUGGUCUAAAGGACCCAGAACAGGUGGAGAACCUGCAGGAUCAGUCUCAGGUGAUGCUGGGACAACACAUCCGUUCACACUACCCGAGUCAACCAGCCAGGUUUGGAAAGCUGCUUCUUCUUCUUCCCUCUCUGCGUUUCGUGAAUUCGGAGCGGAUAGAGCUGCUGUUCUUUCACAGGACCAUCGGAAACACGCCCAUGGAGAAGCUGCUGUGCGACAUGUUCAAGAACUAAAAAAAAAAACCCAAACACACAUCACCCACAAACCCAAACAGUCAUCGGGUUUCCAGGGAGGAUGUCCGCUUCUUAUUUCUGUUUACAUUUCAGAGAUUCUGCGUGCUGUUAUUUCUUUAAUGGUCACUUUACAAUUGUUCAUGAAUGAAAAUUCAGGUCAGUUCUCGUCAUCAUGAUCGCUGAUUUAUUUGUACCAUAUGUAGACAUUGACUUGUAUCUGAAGGGAAUCACAGACACAUUUCAAACCUUGAGUCCUUUUUUUAUUUGUAUUUAACCAGGGAAAAAAGAUCGUUGAGAUUAAAAAUCUCUUUUUCUAAGAGUGUCCCAACCCGGACAGGCAGCAUCACCACUUCAUCCUCUUGUGUGUUUUUUUUUUUGUGAAUGCAGUCAUUGUUUAGAGAUAGGUGAACUGUAAAUAUCUGCUUUUAUUAUUGUCACUGUUACUUUCAUGUUUUCAUGUCCUGAUACAGUAAAACAUGCUGAAAUAA